AUGCAUUUAAUAAUAAUGGUUCAGUGGAAACACUCGGUCCAAAAAAAAACAACAAUUGGUCAACGUCGACCAACAGCAGCGAAAAAGAAAGAUUUUGGUGUACAAAAAGUAACAGCUAAUUUCAAAGAAAUCGAACAAGCAGAAAAACAACUUGAAAAAGACAUGGCAAAUCUUAAAUUUGCUUAUCAAUAUAUAAAUAAAAAACGUGAACUAGAAGGAGCUAAAUUAAAACAAUCAAAUUCAAAGAAAACUGAACAAAUGGAAUAUCUUGGCAUGGGAUUUGGCAAUCGAAGUGGUGUAAGUCAUAGUGCUAUGACUGAUAUGCAAACAAUUCAACAAGAAGGUGUAAUAACAACAAGAAAUGUUUCACUUGCACCACGAAAUCGAGAUUUUUUUGAUGAUUAUGAACCAGCUGGUUUUAGUAGUCGAUCAAAUUAUAAUAUAUCAUCACCGAGAAAUAAUGAUCGAUAUAAUGAUGAUUCUAGAAAAUCAAAUUUUCAUUUUGUUUUUUUUUCCUUACAGAGACUGAAUGAUGAUCUAUUUAAACCAAAAUCUCCAUCAAAAAAUACAGAUUCAUUCAGUGCUGAUUGGGAAGUUAUUGAUCAAAAAACUCCAACAAAAGAGUUUGAAUCAAGUGGAAGACAUAGUUCAUCAUAUUCAAAUUAUGGUAGUUCAACUGCUAAUAGUGCUGGAUAUAGUUCUUCAUCAAAAUUAACAACUCAAUCAUUUACAUCCUAUAGUGAAGCAAAUGGUGGCGAUGCAUAA